AUGCCUACUUUCAUUUUGUCGAGCCAACAAAAGUCAUCGCAGCGAUCAGCUGAAAGGGAUACUAAGCAAGCGCAGUCAGCAGAAGCAGCAGUAAACAGCAAUCGGGCAGCAACAAAUCCACUGACAACAGUGAAAGAAAACAAAAUGCAUGAUGAGGGUGUACCAAGCAAAAAAGGUUCAUCAGUUCAGACUGGUAGUGAUCGCUACAUUAAUGUAAAAAGGAAAUCGAUUCUUAUUAAAUCAGCGGUCAAUACCAAAAAAUUUCAACCUGGCACGCCAAAUAGUAAAAAGCCAGAAAUUCUUAACGGUAACAGAUUUGCCAUACUGAUCAAAGGGCCUAACGACGAUGCAAAGGGUACCACCACAGUGGUGAAUGCCAAACACCCUCCAAUCUACUUGCGUGAGCGGAGCUCAAAUGCUCUUGUCGCUAAAUUAAGUAAAAUUGUAGAUACUAAGAAUUUUCAUAUAGUGCCGUUGAAAUAA